GUGGAGAGUAUUUGCGGAAAACUUCUCAUUGUUCCAAAUGUAUAUUUAUUGAAAAAAUUUCUCUUAACACAUUAUUCAAUAAAAUUAACUAAUUAUUUAAUUUUUGUAUCAUAAACUAUUACAUCUGUCCAUUUAAAUAUGCAAACUUUUCAAUCAGCUUCAAGAAUGAUAGAAUACAGAUACAUACAUAUAUAGAGAAGAUUCUAUCAUUCUUAAAACAACUUUAAUAAAUCAAGAGAGAAAUUCUCCAAACUUCUCCAAAUUUCCACUGAAUUUCACCCUCUCAAGCGUUUCAUCUCAUGCGCUCUUCUUGAGUGAUGUACUCUUACUUUUCUAGAACUUUUGUUUCUGAGCAGAAUUUACCGGAACUUUCUAUACUGCUUUCACGGUCGAUGGCCCCUUUUAUUGAGAUAACAUGUAAUUCGCUACUUUUCAACCAUGACCACAGACAACAUAGCUGAAUUUUCGACGGCACCGCAAGAACUAUAAAUACCGGCACCGGCAAGUGUACGAACAACAGUUGUAUACAAACAUUUAACAGAAGCGUAACAAACAGUAUUUGCUACAAACAAAACUUGGCCGGCAAUUAGCAUUGGGUAAGCCAGAGAGGGCAAUUUCACCGCUAGUGGGCAAAGAUGGUUUCCAGGUGUCGAUGGAUGUCGCCCAUUUCAAACCCAGCGAAUUGAAUGUACGAGUUGUAGACAAUAGCAUCGUAGUGGAGGGCAAACAUGAGGAACGUGAGGAUGAUCAUGGUUACAUAUCUCGUCAUUUUCUGCGUCGAUACACGCUGCCCAAGGGAUAUGAUUCCAAUAAAGUGAUGUCAUCGCUUUCAUCAGAUGGUGUACUGACAGUUAUGGCGCCAAAGCCGCAGAUGGAAGACAAAUCCAAUGAACGUCAUGUACAAAUACAACAAACUGGUCCGGCACACUUGAACGUUAAGGAGAAUGGCAAAGAAGAGAAGAAGACUUAAACAUUUGCCGCCACUUCAAUUAUAUCAAUAACAACGCAUUCCUUAAAACAUAAACGCAUACACCUAUCCUCGAGCGGGUCUGGAGUUUAGUUCAUACAUUCGGAGUUUAAUUUAAUUAGCUUUUUCCAUUUUUAAUAUAGUUUGAAGUUUGUACUGAAGGAAAUAAAUGCCACUCAUUCGUU